AUGGCUGAGACCACUGAGGCUUCCAAGUCAUUGCCACCUGAAGCUGAGAAAAAGAAAGAGCAAAGCUUGCCAUUUUAUCAGCUUUUCUCAUUUGCAGACAAGUAUGAUUGGUUUUUGAUGAUCCUUGGAAGCUUAGGAGCUAUUAUUCAUGGCUCUUCCAUGCCUGUUUUCUUUCUCCUCUUUGGUGAAAUGGUCAAUGGCUUUGGCAAAAACCAAAUGGACUUACACAAAAUGACUCAUGAAGUCUCCAAGUAUGCACUUUACUUUGUGUACCUUGGCCUCGUUGUGUGCUUAUCGUCUUAUGCAGAAAUUGCAUGUUGGAUGUACACUGGAGAGAGACAAGUAAGCACACUGAGAAAGAAGUAUUUGGAGGCUGUGUUGAAACAAGAUGUGGGGUUCUUUGACACCGAUGCAAGAACUGGUGAUAUUGUCUUCAGUGUUUCAACAGACACUCUUCUUGUUCAAGAUGCCAUUAGUGAGAAGGUGGGGAAUUUUAUUCAUUAUUUGUCAACAUUUCUGGCGGGGUUGGUGGUUGGUUUUGUAUCAGCAUGGAGGCUAGCACUGCUGAGUGUGGCGGUCAUUCCUGGUAUUGCUUUUGCUGGAGGCUUAUAUGCAUAUACUCUCACUGGCCUCACAUCCAAGAGCCGGGAAUCGUAUGCGAAUGCCGGCAUAAUUGCCGAGCAGGCCAUUGCACAAGUUCGGACAGUGUACUCUUUUGUUGGUGAAGGCAAGGCCCUUAAUUCCUACUCAGAUGCAAUACAGAACACAUUGAAACUCGGAUAUAAGGCUGGUAUGGCCAAAGGUCUUGGUCUGGGAUGUACAUAUGGAAUUGCUUGCAUGUCAUGGGCUCUUGUUUUCUGGUAUGCCGGUGUUUUUAUCCGGAAUGGACAGAGUGAUGGAGGGAAGGCAUUCACUGCAAUUUUCUCUGCCAUUGUUGGUGGCAUGAGUUUGGGUCAGUCAUUUUCAAAUCUUGGAGCAUUUAGCAAAGGUAAAGCAGCCGGUUACAAAUUGAUGGAAAUCAUCAAGCAAAAGCCAUCCAUUAUUCAGGACCCUACGGAUGGAAAAUGCUUGUCGGAGGUUAAUGGCAAUAUAGAAUUCAAAGAUGUAACUUUCAGCUAUCCAUCAAGGCCAGAUGUCAUCAUCUUCAGGAAUUUCUCAAUUUUCUUUCCUGCAGGAAAGACUGUUGCAGUUGUUGGUGGCAGUGGGUCAGGAAAAAGCACUGUUGUCUCUUUAAUAGAAAGAUUCUAUGAUCCUAAUCAGGGGCAAGUUUUGCUGGAUAACGUGGACAUUAAAACACUUCAACUGAGAUGGUUACGUGAUCAGAUUGGUCUCGUGAACCAAGAACCUGCACUCUUUGCAACCACCAUACUUGAGAACAUACUCUAUGGAAAACCUGAUGCAACAAUGGCUGAAGUUGAAGCUGCUGCUUCUGCUGCAAAUGCGCAUAGCUUUAUCACCUUGCUUCCUAAUGGGUAUAACACUCAGGUGGGAGAGCGUGGAGUGCAGCUUUCUGGUGGCCAGAAACAGAGAAUUGCAAUCGCCAGAGCGAUGUUGAAAAAUCCCAAGAUCCUUCUCCUUGAUGAAGCAACUAGUGCUCUUGAUGCAAGCUCAGAGAGCAUUGUCCAAGAAGCACUAGAUCGUCUCAUGGUGGGAAGAACAACUGUGGUUGUUGCCCAUCGCCUCUCCACCAUUAGAAAUGUUGAUACAAUUGCAGUUAUACAACAAGGACUGGUAGUCGAGACAGGAACACAUGAAGAAUUGAUUUCUAAGGCUGGGGCCUAUGCUUCAUUAAUCAGAUUCCAAGAAAUGGUGAGGAAUAGAGACUUUGCAAACCCAUCAACUCGCCGUUCACGUUCAUCACGUCUAAGCCAUUCAUUGUCCACAAAGUCCCUAAGCCUCCGCUCUGGCAGCUUAAGGAACUUGAGCUAUUCCUACAGUACUGGUGCUGAUGGCCGGAUAGAGAUGGUCUCAAACGCUGAAACUGACCGCAAAAACCCAGCCCCUGAUGGCUACUUCUUCCGCCUCCUCAAGCUAAAUGCUCCCGAAUGGCCAUAUUCAAUAAUGGGUGCCAUAGGGUCCGUCCUAUCUGGUUUCAUCGGUCCAACUUUUGCUAUCGUGAUGAGCAAUAUGAUUGAAGUUUUCUACUAUAGAAAUCCUGCAGCCAUGGAAAGGAAGACUAAGGAGUAUGUCUUUAUUUACAUUGGUGCUGGUCUUUAUGCUGUUGUUGCAUAUUUGAUACAGCAUUACUUCUUCAGUAUCAUGGGAGAGAACCUCACCACAAGGGUGAGGAGAAUGAUGCUUGCAGCAAUCCUAAGGAAUGAAGUCGGAUGGUUCGAUGAGGAAGAGCACAACUCAAGCCUAGUUGCUGCUCGAUUAUCAACUGAUGCCGCUGACGUCAAAUCGGCAAUUGCCGAAAGAAUUUCAGUCAUACUCCAGAACAUGACUUCACUACUCACUUCUUUCAUAGUGGCCUUCAUAGUGGAAUGGAGAGUCUCACUUCUCAUUCUAGCCACCUUCCCUCUUCUCGUCCUUGCCAACUUUGCUCAACAACUCUCUCUCAAAGGGUUUGCUGGAGACACUGCCAAGGCUCAUGCAAAGACCAGCAUGAUUGCUGGUGAGGGAGUGAGCAAUAUCCGAACUGUUGCGGCAUUUAAUGCUCAGAACAAGAUCCUCUCCUUGUUUUGUCAUGAGCUCCGUGUGCCACAACUACAAAGCCUGAGCCGUAGCCAGAGCUCUGGCAUUCUCUUUGGCCUUUCUCAGCUUGCUCUUUAUGCCUCCGAAGCUCUAAUUUUAUGGUAUGGUGCCCACCUCGUUAGCAAAGGUGUAUCAACAUUUUCUAAGGUUAUCAAGGUUUUUGUAGUCCUGGUCAUCACAGCUAAUUCAGUUGCGGAAACUGUUAGUCUUGCGCCAGAGAUUAUUAGGGGUGGUGAGGCCGUUGGUUCAGUGUUUUCUAUUUUGGACCGCUCUACUAGGAUUGACCCUGAUGAUCCUGAUGCCGAGCCUGUAGAAUCCAUUCGCGGAGAGAUUGAACUUAGACAUGUUGAUUUUGCGUAUCCAUCACGACCUGAUAUUAUUGUUUUCAAAGACUUUAACCUUAGAAUCCGAGCCGGUCAGAGCCAAGCUCUUGUGGGUGCCAGUGGGUCUGGUAAAAGUUCUGUGAUUGCAUUGAUCGAGCGUUUCUAUGAUCCAAUAGUUGGGAAAGUUAUGAUUGAUGGAAAGGAUAUUCGUCGAUUGAACUUGAAGUCACUUAGACUUAAAAUUGGAUUGGUGCAACAAGAGCCAGCCCUUUUUGCUGCAAGCAUUUUUGACAACAUUGCAUAUGGAAAAGAAGGAGCAACUGAAGCUGAAGUUAUUGAGGCUGCUCGUGCAGCUAAUGUCCAUGGAUUUGUUAGUGCAUUGCCUGAUGGAUACAAAACACCAGUUGGUGAGAGAGGGGUUCAACUUUCUGGGGGUCAGAAACAAAGGAUAGCAAUUGCUAGGGCUGUUCUCAAGGACCCAACAAUACUGUUGCUUGAUGAGGCUACGAGUGCCCUUGAUGCUGAAUCCGAGUGUGUGCUACAAGAAGCACUCGAGAGGCUAAUGAGGGGUCGAACCACGGUGCUCGUGGCUCACCGUUUAUCCACAAUAAGAGGUGUGGACUGCAUCGCGGUUGUGCAAGAUGGCCGGAUUGUAGAACAAGGUAGCCACUCCGAAUUGGUUAGCCGAGCUGAGGGUGCAUACUCUAGACUCUUGCAACUACAGCACCAUCACAUAUGAGAGGUGUUUUGAUUGAAGCAACAUGGCCUUGUUGGUGGUAAUUAUGUUUGGGUCCCAUUAACCUCAUGUUUCCAUUUUUCUUUUGAAUGAUGAGAUAGUUGUAGAUAUGGAAAUGUGGAGACUAUAUCUUCAAAAAUACUAUCCCAUUUGCAAUGGGGUAGCCUUGUGUUAUAUUAUUAAUAUCUUAUGGUGCGUAAUCCUUGUUGAUCUA